CUUCCCCCUGAACGCGUGAGCUGAGAGGAAACAACUGCACGUUAUUGGUGUUUAUCUGCAGUUACAGUUUAUAUAAUCGGUUACGAUGAAGACAUCGCACCAGUGUAGCGCGGUUUGACGAGAGAAGUCCACAGUGUAAAGUAUGUGACUUGGUGCCAUCCACCCUGCGUUGGUCUACUACCAAGUUAGUCAGCAUAAAGAGGAUCUUUGCCGUCAUCAGCUGGUGCAAUUCCUUCCAAUGUCUAUAGUAGAGGAUAUUCUGAAUGUGCUGCGCACCUUCCUGGAGUACUUUGGAGUGCCUCCAGACAUGCUGGUUCCAGUCUGGGAUACUCAGCUGUGCGGCCAGUAUCGCAGCAUUGUGCGGAUGAUUGGGACCAACCUCUCACUGACGCCUACACCACGUGUCCACUUUCAGGUCCCUCUGCUCACCUACAGGCCCCAGGGUAAUGUUGACGUCCCUGCAAAGGCACGGGCCAUCGCCUCGUUCGCUGACAUCCUGUGGGUGUUUGAGGAUGAAGGGGAGAGCUUUGCCAAAACCAGGAACCAUUUACCUCCAAAGAAGGGAAAUGCUGUCACUCGGGACGUGGUGAGAUACCCGAGGCCGGGUCUGACUAAAGCCCCGGGGGGCGGCCGGUCAUCUGAUCCGGUGGCUAUGAAGAAGAUCACGGCGCUGGAGAGCGAGCUGCUCAAACUACGAGCUCAGAUAGCCAUGAUCGUUACUGCCGCUCCGGCCUCAGGUCUGACGGAGUCCCAGAGUACCCCGGGCACGCCGUUGAUGUCUUCUACCCUUCUGCCAACUCUCACCUCCACGCCUCGCUGUGCUGCUCCACCACCACCACCACCACCUCCUCCUCCUCCCUGCCCCGGCUCCUCCACUGAGACUCCGUCUGUAUUCGAGCUGAUCCGCAAGCGCAGAAAGAACGAGAACGACCUUGGCCGGGCUCAGCUCAAGCCCAAGGGCUCGCAAGCAAAAGGGUCCCUAUCCAUGCUGGAUGUUCUCCGGGACUUAAAUCAAGUGCAAUUGCGUUCAGUGGCGAGAUCACCCGGGGGAACGCCGAUCCGGAGGAGACGCAGUAAAGGAGGCCCGGCGUUGCUGAGCGACCCGGUGGCUCUCAUCGCUGAAGCGCUGAAGAGAAAGUUCGCCCAGCAUCGCCACAACACCUCCUCCGACAAAGAGAACUCACUGGAGCUCUCACCGUUCGGCAGUCCAGGAACACCCAAGGUUCCUCUGCAUGUCAGACGCAGUCAGGGGCGCCUCCACCUCUGAUUCAGCUGGUCUGACCCCAAAAUGUCAAAAGUCCGACACCCCGUCAGCCAAUGGCAGCUCGCACAGAGGUGCCUCUCAGACAUGCGACUACUGUAGCUCAUUUACAUCUUUGUUUGUCUUUUGCUUUUGUUCUUGUUGGAGUGUUUGUCUCACAAUGAACAAAAUGUCUCUGUUACACAUCCCAUGAUUGGAAGGCUUGAAUGUAUGUUUGUGUCGCAGCUAUUGCUGUGAACAAGGAUUUUGGUACUUUUUUGUUGUUGUACAGUGGCGUUUUAUGUGUUCAUAUAUUGAUGGCAUCUUUUUAAAUGUAAUAAUGUUUUUAAAAGCAGGUGUGCAAUGGAUCUUGUAGCCGUCCGGCUUCAAGUCACUUUGUGAGGCCUUAAUAAUUAUUACCUCAACAAAGUGGGCAUUGAGAUUCACGCAGCUCUAUUCUAUGCAACUGCUGUUUCAGGUUGUUUUAUAUUAAAGUGUUAAAGUGAACUGA